UCACGGGAGUUUGUUACUUCGACGCACCGAAACGUGGUUUUUGGAUUUCGUAGCAAAGCGUUGUUAGAUAAGACGGGGAUUUCGUUAUCGGUAGGUAAGACUGCAGUGUUUACAGUGAUUAAUGUGGAGUUGUAAACGCGUUUCUAAAACGAAUAGACUCGGUAGGAUUGGUUUUUAGAAUGAAAGACUAGCACGAGGUUUGUUGUUGAUAUACGCUGACGGCGCGAUUUUUCUGGCUGGCCAUUAGUCGAACGUCGCGAUGUCGUUUUUUAAUUUCAAUGAUUACCUGAACCCGCCGAAGAGGCCGCCCAAUGCAAAAAGUCCAACGAGUCCGUUUUGUACAAGCCCCAGCCAACUUCAAGAAGUCACUCUGGACCAGGAUGUGACCUUUUCAAAUACAAUGGGACUUCGAUCGCCGAAUGGUCCUAUGCGCGGGCGGUCGGUUAAAGAGUUCGAGGAACAACUCACAAAUCUGAAGAAGGAGAACUUUAAUCUGAAACUUAGGAUAUAUUUCUUAGAGGAGAAAAUGGGAACCAAUUUUACAUUAGAUAAGGAUAACGUCGUUAAGAAAAAUGUAGAGCUGCAGGUGGAAAUUGCGAAUUUACAAAAGGAAGUUCAAGAAAAACAUGAGCUUCUAUGUCAGGCGGUGAAAGCAAUGGAAUUGGAAGAUGAGGAACACAAAAAGUUUUUAGUACUGAAAGAGGACGAAUUACAGCAGUAUCAACAGGAGCUUGAGGAUCUCAGGAAUCAGCUACAGGAGACAAGGUUAGAUUCUGAUGGAUUGUCGAUCAAGUCAGACACUACAGGAUUUUAUAGUAGUAGAGCAACGAACAGUGGAACUUUUAUUAGUGAACUUCAAGAAAAGAUUAGAAUAUUGGAGACUGAGCUUCAAUUAGAAAAAGAAAACAACGCUUCCCUUCAAAUUAUAUUAGGACAGGCAGAAACCUUAAAAUGCCGGUAUGAGACAAUGCAAAAGGAAUUUCAGUUAAAGGAUGAAACCAUAAAAAGUCUAGGAGAAGAAAUCGAGGCAGCUAAUGAGAAAAUUCUAGGUUUUACAGAUCAAAUUAAAGACCUAGAACACAAGUUAAAUUCCUCUCACAAAGAAAAUAUGUUAAUGCAAAAGAAAAUCCAAGUGGAAAAUAAGAAAUUCGAGGAGGUAAUGGGCCAGCUGACUGACUUAAAGAAAAAGUUCGCUACGGCCAAGUCGGACUUGGAAAGAGAGCACAAGAGGGCAGAGAGAGUGAAAAUGAUGAACGACAUGAAAAUGUCAGAGCUGGAGGAGGAGAACGAGAAACAGAAGUUGAAAAUUCGCGACCUCCAGGGAAAGUUAGAGGCUGCCUUGAUUGAAAUAAAGAAGAACCAAAAUCUUGCGGUGUCUAAGAGUCCGGUGCAAAAAUCAAACAGCUCAAAUACUGAUGAUAAUUCCUUUUCAGUUUCGAACUCAACAACACCUGCAGGAACUGCGAAAACGAACACACUUCAUGUACAGAUAAAUCAUUCCUCAAAAACAGCGACCUCUCCAACAUCUCCAUUAUCGCCAGAAGUGUUCAACAUCCCAAAUUUCGAGGAGUUGUUGCAAGGUGCCGGUGAGCAGGCCGGCAUCACUAAAAUUCGUAGUCAGUUCCAGAUUCUUAUCAAUGAAAAUGACAGCCUAAAGCGACAGAUCGUGAAACUCAAAAGUCAGCAAAUGAAGGCCUGCGAAAUAAUAAAAAAUAUGAUUGAGUCCAGAAAUAAGGCAACGGAGGAGAACAAUCAGCUGAAGAAGCGCAUUGAUGAACUCGAACAUGAAUUGGAAUCGGUAGUGUCAAAGCCAACUAAGGACGAGAAUGAAAGACCUCUCCAACAGCGCGUGGCUAAUAUGAAUAUAACUGCAGCUAAUCCCAAUGACGAGAACUCAAUGGAGGAAUCACAUCUUGAAGAUCUUGAAAUUGCAGAGCAUUACAAGGCUCUUACCGUCGAAUUGGAAGCCAAAAUUGAGAUACUGGUAGCGACUCUAAAUGAAAAAGAUGUCCAAAUGCAAAAAAUUCGCCAGCAGUAUGAAGAAAUACUGACCAGUUUGGAAGACAAGGAAAACAGAAUAGUCGACUUGGAAUUUGAAUUAUUAUCAGUACAGAAAGAUAACACUAAUAAUAACAGUGACAAAGUACUACUUGAAAAGGGAGAUAGUGGUUCCGAGAAACAUAGCAGUUUUUACAGACACGAAAUUGAAGAGAAAGACAAAGAGAUAGAAAAGCUCAGUGUGGAACUGAAAAAAUGCACGUGCUAUCUUCAGGAGAUCGUCAAUAAAGAGUUGUGGGAUAAAAACAAGGAAAUUGAAAAGUUACACAAUAAACAAGCUAAUUCAUCAGAGGUGUUGAAGCUGAGAAAAGAUUUAUCAGAGAAAGAGAUACAGCUGAAGCUUCUGAAGGAGAAAAUAUCUGAAUUGGGUUUGGAUGUUAACAUUCCUACAGAGGAAUCAUUUGAUGGCAAAGACUUAUCUUCUCCCUCGAAAAACAUUCAACAUAUCAGAACGCUUCAGGAGCAGUUGAAGCUGUGCAAAGAAGAAAGAAAUUAUUUUAAAGAAAAAUCUGAAGAACUGUAUGUUCAAACUGAGGUGAUUGAAAAAUUACAUGCUCAAAAUCAGGAGUUGAAGACCGACAUCGAGAAGUGUGAAAAACUUAGGCAGGAAUCCAAUGAAGUCUGUUCAAUAUUAAGCGGUCGUCUUGAGGAAUUAGCGAUCUUUUUGGAUUCAUUACUUAAACAGAAGUCUGUACUUGGAUUCCUAGGAUUGCAGAAGAACCGGAGACUACGUGAAAUUAUCGACAACAGUUUAGAUUUAUCCAGGUCCUUUACUAUGAGUAUGAUGAUCAAUCCUGACCAAAGUCUGGCCCAAUUGUCAAAUAUAACCACACUGUUGAAUGGGUCUGUUUUCAACGACUUAACACUGGACCAUCUACCUCAGGAAGAAGAUGAGCCUCAAGCAGUUCUUAGCAUUAUACCUGCCAAUGUAACUUUAACAUAUCAAAGCCACUUAUACAAACAGAAUAAAAACUCAGGGCCAAACAAUGAACAAGUAAUAUCGGCCUUGAGGGAACAAAUUAUUAAUCUAAAAUCUGAACUGCAAUUGAGAGACAAUGAAUUAAAUAGAUUAAACAUUUUGAAUAACAGAGAGGUCAGUGAUAAAACUACUGAAACUGACGAUGAUGAAACAUACAACAAAUAUAUUGGUUUUAAGGAUGUUUCCAAACUAUUUACAACACCGAACAAAUGUAAUACAACCUCUACAACUCUUAAGUAUCAAAGUGAAUGUCAGUCUGAAUCGGAAGCUUGGUCAGAGCCCGACAGAGUUGUUUCUCGUGCUAGAAUAGGACUAAGUCAUACUUUACCUAUAACCAUAAGGCAAACUAAGGAAGAUAUAAAUGAAUCGACUGAAGAAGAAUCUGGCAGCAGUUGUACACCAACAAAAAAGAAUUGGCCAGAAAAGCGCCAGGUUGUCGUUGAACUCCACCAACGAAUUUAUGAAUUGGAAGAUAAGUUGAAAACAAAAACUGCAGAACUUCUGAAUACACAAACAAAAUUUCUUGAAAGCAAUAAUGCUAACAAAAGAAAUCUAGAGGAUUUGGAACAGAAGCUUGCUGAAACAGAAAAUAAACUGCUAGAAGCGCAGACAAGUAGAAAUGAAGCCGAGAAUCAAAUUAAGCACCUUCAACAAACUAUUGAAGAAUUAAGUAAAGCUAAACGAAACUUAGAAGAAUCUGCCGCUACAAAAGAUAAAGAAACACAGAAUAAGAUAAAUCAACUUGAAGUAGAAAGGGAGGAAGCUUCUAGAAUGGCUCAAGAUUACGAAAAGGAAGUUGCGAAUGCCAGAAAUGUAAUAAAGUCUGCAGAAUCUAAAUUGAAACAGAUGCAACAAGAGAUGUGCCAGCUUGAGGGAAACUUAAGAGCAGAGUACGAGCAACUUGCGAUUAUUAAACUUAAAGAUGCCGAAGAACAGUUCUCUAAGAAGCUGAAGGAGGUGGAAGAAAAAGCAGAAAGAAAACUAGAUCAAAUAGUAGAGGAAUAUUCGAAAGACUUCAUAAGAAAAAUUGAGGUAGAGAAAAAACUUCUCGAGGUCGAAAAGUUGGUCGUGGAAUUAGAUGAUGUGAAAAGAAUUGUUAAAUCGUACGAAGAGACAAUUGAAUGCUACAAAGAGAAAGAGAAUGAAAUAAGAAACCGUACACAUGAAUAUCAGGACAAAAUCAAUUCGUUACGCAAAGAUCUAGAUAAUACAACUCUCCAGUACUCUGAAGCAGUCUUGGAGAAAACCAAAUUAGCCAACGAGAAAACUUUACUUGAACAAGAACUAAGUAAAUUCAAUAUGAAAGAAUCAGAAAUGAAACAACAGUUUAGUGAUAUUCAAACGGAAUUUACUAAUGUCAAUGAAAACUAUCAGCAACAAAUAUCGAUGCUUCAAAAACAAAAAUCCAAACUUGAAAUGAAAAUAAGUGAGUUGGAAUCCAUGAAUGCGGAAUUACACAAUAGGUUGGUGAGAUUCCAAGCUGGUCGUGGUGAUUUCAACGUAACUGUGCCUAUGAUUGGGAACAAACAUAUACACGUAGUGCCCUUUAAAAGACAAUUUUCUGAUCAAAACUACAGUUCUGAAGAAAAUAUCAGUUUUAACCGUCCCUUAAUGCAAGAUCAUCAGCCGGUGGAUAUGGAAAGACAUGAAGCUAAUUCUUCACCAGACUUAGGUAUCGAGAGUGAUCACGGAAGAUUUUCCAGUUUGGAGACAGCCGCUAAUAUCCCAAGGCCUCUGCUGCAGACCAUUGAGCUGACGGAGUCUAUGAGCAACCUGCUGGAUGGAGAAAAUCAAGUAGACAAUGUUACCUGUGGAAGUGAACAUUGUUGUCAGAAAACUCUGGAAAUAGCUCGUGAAAACGGAGAACUCAAAAGGAAGUUAUUGCGAAUGAGGAGAGCUUUAGAAGAGACUGCAAACCAGCUGAAUUUAGCCAAUCAACGAAAGAAGCAAGUGGAAAAGACAAUUUGCAAACAAAUCCAUAAAACCAGUCAGGUGUUGCGCAAAGCCAAAGCUAAUUUGGAUUCGGGUUCAGAAAGUGAUGUGCUAAAUAAAAUGUAAACAUUAUACGUCUGUUUUUAGGUCGUUAAAAUUGACCAAGAAUAUCCUGCCAUUUUUAACUUAUAUCAUAUUUUUUUCAGCCUUCCUUUGUUUUUCAUAUUUUUAUUUAUACAUUUAAAUUUAAGUUUUAAACAUCCCCAGUAAUACUUGUGUAUUAUUAUUACUAUAAUAAAAGUUUAUUUUUUUAUAUGACUGGAAUGUGAUAUUUCCUGUGUCUUCUGUGCCAACUGCGUACAAAUAUUUUAAUUUCCUUGUUGAAAAUUACUUAAGACAAAUGUAUAUUCUAAGGGUAGUGUGUUAUAGUUAUUCGUUCUACGAAUUUUGAACAGUAUUUUGUGAUGAAAUGUGUAUAUUUUUGACAUUUAUGUAUAUAUUUGAGG